UCAGUGAUCGACAUCCCAAAUCUCGAGAAAGAUGACAGAGGCAAACGACAUUCUGGCACUGCUGCAGCGUCCACUGGAGCCAACAUUCUUGCCAAAAGACAACGGUAAAGUCAUCAUCGAUGUUCCGGAUGAUUAUCUGACGGAUCGCUAUCGGCCAAUCGGAGCGGAAAUCACUACCCGAUUCUCGAACGAUGCCGAGCAACGCAUCCCGAUCAAGAACGUUGCCCCACCGGAUCUAUCUUUUGCCAACGGGAUCGAUCGUCGGGGAGGAUUUUCCCUGUUUGUCCCAAAACAUCGGGAUGCAGCUGCGGCUUUGAUCACCCUUUUUAUCAACCAACCGGAUGUGGCAUCGCUGAUGAGUGUCGCAACCUACUGUCGUGAUCGGCUGAAUCCGGUCCUAUUUCAGUACGGAUUGGCUGUGGCGGUUCAGCAUCGACCGGAUACCAAAGACGUUAACAUUCCCUCGAUUGUGUCACUUUUCCCGGAUCAGUUCGUUGAUCCGGCAGUUUUUCCUAAACUUCGUGAGGAAGGAGCCGUUGUUCAACAAGCUAGUCGAAUGGUCAUUGACAUCCCACCGAACUACACAGCCUCAGAUCGCGAAGAAGAACAACGACUCGCUUACUUCCGUGAAGAUAUUGGAGUAAACAUGCAUCACUGGCACUGGCAUUUGGUUUAUCCCGGCGAUGGACCGGAUGAAGUUGUUCGAAAAGAUCGUCGAGGAGAGCUGUUCUACUACAUGCACAGCCAGCUCAUUGCCCGAUACAACAUCGAACGGUUCUGUAACCGACUCGCUGGGGUAAAGAAUUUUAACAACUACCGCGCACCAAUCCCGGAAGCUUACUUCCCUAAAAUGAUUCGAAGCUCUAACAAUCGAUCUUACCCCGGAAGACAUGCCAACAUCACAUUCCAGGAUGUUAAUCGAGUCGAUAACAACACCACUGUUCAAGUCAGUGAUUUGGAACGCUGGCGUGAUCGCAUUCUUGAAGCCAUCGACCAGGGAUUCGUCCUGGAUAAGGAUGGAAACAAAAUCCCGUUGGAUGAAACUAAGGGCAUCGACAUCCUUGGAGAUAUCCUUGAAGCUUCCAAGCUCACCCCGAAUGCACGUUUGUAUGGAAAUUUGCAUAACAUGGGUCACAACGUCAUUUCCUAUAUCCACGAUCCGGACUACCGCUAUCUGGAGGAUUACGGAGUUAUGGGCGAUGUAACGACGGCUAUGCGAGAUCCAUUCUUCUACCGUUGGCACGGAAUGAUUGACGAAAUUUUCCGUAAACUCAAGGACCGAUUCGAUCCGUACCCGGCCAAUCAGCUGGAAUUCCAGGGUGUUACGGUGAACUCUGUCAGUGUUCAGCUGAACCGUGCCAAAACACCACCCAAUGUACUGCUCACCUACUGGCAGAAGUCUCAGGUUGAUCUGGCUUCCGGUUUGGACUUUGGCCCUGAGGGAAAUGUGUUUGCCUCGUUCACCCAUUUGCAGCAUGCCCCGUUUGCGUUCCGGGUCGAGAUCAACAACGAGGGGGAUGCUCCACGCCGUGGCACGUUGCGUAUCUUCAUUGCACCGAAAGUUGACGAAAGAGGCACCCCCCUUAGAUUUGUCGAGCAGCGUCGCUACUUUGUCGAAAUGGAUACAUCGACCGUUACUUUGAACCCGGGACUGAACACAAUCGUCCGAAAGUCGGAGGACUCUAGCGUAACCAUCCCGUAUGAGCGUACUUUCCGAGCAGUUGGCACCACUGCUCAACCGACCGAUGCUUCGGCGCUGGCCCAGUUCCGUUUCUGCGGUUGCGGUUGGCCACAGCACAUGUUGGUACCCAAGGGUUCGGCCGGCGAUGGAGUACAGUUCGACUUGUUUGCCAUGGUUUCCGAUUACACACUGGACGCGGUCAAUCAACCGGAAGAAAAUGUUGGACCAUGUAACGAUGCGCACUCGUUCUGUGGUCUCAAGGACAAACUGUAUCCGGACAAACGAGCCAUGGGAUAUCCGUUCGAUCGUGUUGCUCCAACUUCGGUGGGCACAUUGACAGAUUUCAUGAGUCCUUACACCAACAUGAAAUCGGGAACUAUCCAGGUCCGCUUCAGCAAUACCACUAUUGCUAGAACUUAGGUGGUUAAUGGCUUAAUCAAACUAUGUCAAAAUAAAAAAAGAUGUUA